AUGAGGUGCAAGAAGCACCACUCCGACUUCACCAGCACCGUCGGCGUCUGUGCUUCCUGUUUACGGGAGCGUCUUUUGUCUAUCAUCGCCGCUCAGGCACAGGCCGAGAAGAAUCAAUCUCAGCUCACUUACGGCGGUAUUCGCUCCGCGGAUGAUCCUCUUCCGCCACCGCUCCUCUUUAUUCAUUCCGUCUCUCCUCACGCUACGAAAUCGGAUGAAGAUUUAUGGAGUAAUCUUGAUCGCGAAGGUAAUCGACGCUUUCUCCAUCAGAGAUUCUACAGUACUCCACAAAUUGGACCUAAUGGUAGAACGAACAACAGUGCGAACACUACGUUCGUCACUACAGGUUCUUUCGAUCGGAAACAGAGAAGUAAGAAAUUCUCGCUCUGGUCGAAGCUUUUUAGGUCUAGAUCCGAUAAAUUCGAGAAGAAUCACAAAAGCCCUUCUCGAGAAUCGCAUGGUCCAGGUUCGUCUUCUUCAUCGCCAUCGUGGUUCUCAACGAUCUUCCACGGCCAUCGGACUAAACGACAAUCAAGUCUUUCGCCAGUUGAGGAAUCGAUCUCCGUUGCCGAACGGAGGCAUUGCCAUGCGAUUGAACGCGGAAUGUCACCAGUAAGAGUAUCUGACUCAGAUGAAGAAUGUGAAGGUCCCGAUCGUUCUCCUAUUUCUCAAAAGUUUCAACUGUCUCCAAUGGCGGCUCCUGGAUCGGCGAAACGCGGGAGAUUAGGACACAAUCAGAACGUUUCGGGAUUUGCAUUUUGUUUGAGUCCACUUAUGCGAGCAAGUCCGAACAGGAAUUGGAACCAGAAAGCAAUUCCGCCGGAAACUGCCUUUUCCGGUAACAUCAAGGUGCCGGCGAAGCCUCAUCUCUGUGCGAACCGGUCGAGGAAGAUAGCGGACUUUGGAAGAGUCAAUCACAACCGUUAA